AUGUUGGUCCGUCAGCUUACCCUGGCUCUGGCCAUUGCGGCCUUGUCCAAUGCCAUUCCGACGUCCAUCAAGCAUGUUCUGCACGAGAAACGUCACAAGCCCGCAUCCGAUUGGGUGAAGGGUGCGCGCGUUGAGAGCGAUGCGGUCCUCCCUGUGCGCAUUGGCCUUGCUCAGAACAACUUGGACAAGGGUUAUGAUUUUCUGAUGGAAGUGUCGGACCCCAAGUCUUCCAAGUACGGUCAGUACUGGUCGGCAGACGAGGUGCACGACAUCUUUCAGCCAUCCGAAGAGGCUGUUGAGGCAGUGAGAGAAUGGCUCGUCGCUUCUGGUAUCCAUCCGUCACGGGUCGUGCACUCCGACAACAAGGGCUGGCUCGCCUUUGACGCCUACGCCCAUGAAGCUGAGAGGCUAUUCAUGACGGAAUUCCACGAACACGAGAGUGACCGAAGUGCUAAGAUCAGAGUCGGAUGCGACCAAUACCACGUCCCCGAACACAUCCAGAAACACAUCGACUACGUCACCCCUGGAGUGAAGCUCACCCAAGUCGUGAAGAGGACCAAGAAAGUCAAGCGUGCCUCCCAACUUGCUCACUCCUCCAAGGUCAAGUCUGCUGCUCAAGGCUCGCAGCCACUUCCUAGCAAGGCCAAGUUCCUGCCUGAAGACCUCCGCGGCUGCGGUUACAACAUUACCCCUUCAUGCAUUAAGGCCUUGUACCAGAUCCCCGACGCCAAAACGGCGACCCCGAACAACAGCCUCGGUCUGUACGAGCAAGGUGACUACUUUGCCAAGUCUGACCUCGACCUCUUCUACAAGGAGUAUGCGCCUUGGGUUCCCCAGGGUACCUAUCCCAUCCCGGCCUUGAUUGAUGGCGCCAAUUACUCAGUACCUUCAUGGAGUUCCCUGAACACAGGUGAAUCCGACAUUGAUAUUGACAUGGCCUACUCCCUCCUCUAUCCUCAGCAAGUUACCCUCUACCAGGUUGACGACCAGCUCUACGAACCAGUCGAGGUCGACACAACCAACCUGUUCAACACCUUCCUCGACGCUCUCGACGGUCUCCAGUCCUACUGCACCUACAGCGCCUACGGCGAGACUGGCGAUGACCCGUCGAUCGACCCCGUAUACCCGGAUCCCCGCCCCGGCGGCUACAAAGGAAAACUCCAAUGCGGCGUCUACAAGCCCACGAACGUAAUCAGCGCCUCCUACGGCCAAUCCGAAGCCGACCUCCCCGUCAGCUACACCAAGCGUCAGUGCAACGAGUUCAUGAAACUCGGUCUACAGGGCCACUCCAUCCUCUUCGCGUCGGGCGACUACGGCGUCGCAUCUUUUGCCGGUGACGGCGACGAGAACGGAUGUCUCGGCCCAGAGGGGAAGAUCUUCAACCCCCAGUACCCCUCCAACUGUCCCUAUGUCACCUCCGUCGGUGGUACCAUGCUGUAUGGCUACCAAACCGUCAACGACAGCGAGAGCGUCAUGCACGUCAACCUCGGCGGGACCGAAAGUAACUUCAGUACUUCUGGUGGAUUUUCGAACUACUUCCCCCAGCCGGCGUAUCAGUAUGCUGCUGUGGAGCAGUACUUCCAGACUGCAAAUUUGUCGUACCCAUACUAUUCGGAGUUUGAGGUCGAUGUUAACAAGACUAAGGGCCUCUAUAAUCGUCUUGGUCGCGCUUAUCCGGAUGUUUCGGCCAAUGGAGCCCAUUUCAGAGCUUAUAUGGAUGGCUACGAUUAUCAUUGGUAUGGGUCGAGUUUAGCGUCGCCUUUGUUUGCGUCGGUUCUUACUUUGCUUAACGAGGAGCGCUUCGCUAUCGGCAAGGGCCCUGUCGGAUUUGUGAACCCCGUGCUUUAUGCUUAUCCGCAGGUGCUGAAUGAUAUCACCAAUGGUACUAAUGCCGGAUGUGGAACGUAUGGGUUUAGUGCUGUUCAGGGAUGGGAUCCCGCUAGUGGUUUGGGUACGCCCAAUUACCCCUUGAUGAGGGAGCUGUUCCUCUCUCUGCCUUGA